AUGGCCAUGGUGGGAGGAAGGAUCGAGUUGAUGGAUAGGCCCGGCAAGUCCUGCCUGACCACGCUGGCUUCCCAGAGAGGAGAGAGCAACCCAUGGUGGCUCUGUGCUCUCCUCCUGGCCCCAACCUUCGUGGCUCUCGGAGCCCUCUCCCAGUGCCACUGGGUGGGGGGCAAGGCAGGCCUGAGGACCACCAAGGGAGCAGCGGACCGGGUCGAAGGCCCUGUGACUGCACAGCUUCGUGGCCAGGAGGCUCCCUCGCCUCCGAGUCUCCCUGCCACUGAGAAGGUCGUGCAAGAGGCGGCCCAGCGUCAGUGGGUAGCACAGCCCCGCACCCUCGCCACCACCCGGUGCCAUCAGACCCCUCAACUCCGGUCGGACUCCGCUACGGGGAUCGCGCCGCCCCCGACUCCCGAGGUCUCCGACUCCCGAGGUCUUCGGCUCCUUCACAGCCCCGAAAGCCGCCUCACUCGCAACGCGCACGCGACGCACGUGACCGCGGCAACCCGCGUCGCCUCCGCUCUGCCCUGCUCUCAGCGCUCUGCCCUGAGCUCUCCGCUUCCGCCAUAUCAAUUUGUAUUCUUGCUGCCAAGUAUUCUGUGGGCUGUUUUUAAUGUCAUCUCCUACUUCUUUUUUAGCUCUGCAUAUGAUAACAUCAACAAAGUUCGAGUAGCUAUCAAGAAAAUCAGUCCUUUCGAACACCAGACUUACUGCCAGAGAACCCUGAGGGAGAUAAAAAUCUUACUGCGCUUCAGACAUGAGAACAUCAUUGGCAUCAAUGAUAUUAUCCGCGCACCAACCAUCGAGCAAAUGAAAGAUGUAUAUAUAGUACAGGACCUAAUGGAAACAGACCUUUACAAGCUCUUGAAGACACAACACCUCAGCAACGACCAUAUCUGCUAUUUUCUUUACCAGAUCCUCAGAGGCUUAAAAUAUAUCCACUCAGCUAAUGUUCUGCACCGUGACCUCAAGCCUUCCAACCUGCUGCUCAACACCACCUGUGAUCUCAAGAUCUGUGACUUUGGCCUGGCCCGCGUUGCAGAUCCAGAUCAUGAUCACACAGGGUUCCUGACAGAGUAUGUAGCCACGCGUUGGUACAGGGCUCCAGAAAUAAUGUUGAAUUCCAAGGGCUAUACCAAGUCCAUUGAUAUUUGGUCAGUAGGCUGCAUCCUGGCAGAGAUGCUGUCCAACAGGCCCAUCUUUCCAGGGAAGCAUUAUCUCGACCAGCUGAACCACAUUCUAGGCAUUCUUGGAUCCCCAUCACAAGAAGACCUGAAUUGCAUAAUAAAUUUAAAAGCUAGAAACUAUUUGCUUUCUCUUCCACACAAAAAUAAGGUGCCAUGGAACAGGCUGUUCCCAAAUGCUGACUCCAAAGCUCUGGACUUACUGGACAAAAUGUUGACAUUCAACCCUCACAAGAGGAUUGAAGUUGAACAAGCUCUAGCCCAUCCAUAUCUGGAGCAGUAUUAUGACCCGAGUGAUGAGCCCAUUGCUGAAGCACCAUUCAAGUUUGACAUGGAAUUGGAUGAUUUGCCUAAGGAAAAGCUCAAAGAACUCAUUUUUGAAGAGACUGCUAGAUUCCAGCCAGGAUACAGAUCUUAAAUUUGUCAGGACAUGGGCUCCAGGACUGGACGCGCUCAGACACCGAUGUUCUUCUCCCAGUUCUUGACCCCUGCUCCUGUCUCCAGCCUGUGGCGGCUCAUCCACUUUGACUCCUUUGAGCCGUUCAGAGGGGCGGUUUCUGGUUGUUGUGGCUUUUAUGCUUUCAAAGAAUUCCUUCAGUCCAGAGAAUUUCUCCUGGCGCUCCUGUGUGUCACCCACUGGUGACGUGCGGCAGUAUGUACUUUCAGUGCACCUACUGCUUACUGUUGCUUCAGUCACUUACCACUUUCUGGUUUGAAAGAUGCAGUGGUUCUUCCCUCUCCUGAAUCCUCUCUAUGUGACACCCUGCUGACCAGGCAGCCUCCGCAGAGUAAGUCUUUCAGACUGGCUGCCGUCACUGACAUCUUACUUACGAUAGGAAAGUCCUACCUAGGGCACUUUAAGUCAGUGAUGGUCCCGAAUUUGCACUUCCCCUGUUGUCUGUAAUUGCCUCCCCAGAGCAGGAUCUUGUGGAGAUACUUUGGAUGGUGUUGCAGCCUGCAGCAAGUGCUUCCGCCUUGGGAACCUUCGGAAGCUCUCCGUCUUCUCAUAUCGUGCUAGUCACUAACAUAUUUAAGACAUAUGUAUUGUUUGCCCAGAUUUUAGAAAAGUUAUUCAUUCUUCUAAACAAAAACAAAGUACUGCAUUCAGCAAUGUCUUUCUGCAGAUUUACUGUGGGUUACUUUUAUCAUCUAUAAAAGUAUAACUUUUGCCAAAAUGCAUUACAUGCAGUACUCAGUGUUUGCAAGACCUGCACAAAAAGAUAUAAAGUAGCAGUUGUGCUCAGCAUUUGGUGACGCACUCACCAAGAUUAAAGCACUGAGCUGGGGAAAGUUUCUGGAGCAGUAGUCGGCACGCUGACCCAGAUGUCCCAGGUGGAGCGCCACCCCCUGGUACAGAUAGGCCCCAAGCUGCUUCACACAGUGUCUGAUUUAGUAACCACGUUCAAUGCCUGAGAAUUUAGCAGAGAGGAACACUGCGUCUUUAAAUGAGAAAGUGUGCAAUCCUUUUUCCUUCUACAGCAUGUCAGCAUCUCAAGUUCAUUUUCAACCUACGGUAUAACAAUUUAUAAUAAAGCCUUCAUGAGCUCAUGACAUGAAGCACUGUUCUGUCAUCAAGUACUCAAGUAUUUCUGAACUGCUGAGUUAAGAACAUCAGAAAAAGCUAGUACUAAGUCAUGUUCAGAGCUCGCUCAUAUUUUCCUGAUCUCUUUAAGUAUUUGUUCCUGCCACUGUGUACUGUGGAGUUGACUCGGUGUUCUGUCCCAGUGCGG